AUGAGCGGAGACCAGGGUACACAGGAAUCGCUCCAGGAGGACGGGUUUGUCGACUCGGUUUUCCGCUCGCUGACGGAACGCACCAUGGAGGAGCCCGCUCCUAUCGAGCGCAUGACUUCCCGGAUACAACAGUACUACGACAGCCUGCUUAACAACGCCGACUGGAACGUGGCAAACCUGGAAGUGCGGCCUGGACACCCGACGUUUGUGGUCUGGUUCGUGCUUUCGUCGUAUUUCCCGCUGAUUUGCGGCUGUCUCGGCCCGCUAUCGAACCUGCUUUCUGUGGCAGCCGUGAUUUGCAAUUGGAAGGAGGACAAGGCCACGGGCAAGCCCGCAGGUGCAGACGAAAGCUGGUGCUACACGGUGAACACGAUCUCCAUGGUGUGCGGGGUGGCGGCGAAUAUUUGCCUGCUGCUGAACUACCGCAGAAAAAUGAACUACCACUAUGCCCAAAUAGUAUCCAUCGCAGGCUGGUUUGUGGCCAGCAUCAUGCUCAUGCUCCUGGUAGCCAUCUACCAUGUGGAAUUUCUUCGCCACGAGCAUUAUGUGAGGUAUUCCUAUUCUUACGGGUUCUGGUUUGCGGUGUUCACGGUGCUGCUACAUUUUGCCAACUUUGUGCUGCUCAGUCUCAACAUACUCGGCGUGCUGCUGAAAAAGUACCCGCCGGUGUUCAACAUUGACGGCGUGCAGAAUACGCUCAUCUUGCAGAGCAUGUUCUUUGUGACCUGGGUGAUGUGGGGGGCCGGCAUGUUCACGGCGCUGCUGCACGUGUCGUACGGCGAGGCCCUGUACUUUUCGAUAACCACAAUUCUCACCAUCGGUCUCGGUGACUUUGUUCCGCAAACCAGCGGUGCACAGACACUCACUCUGCUUUGGUGUAUUGUCGGGCUGGUCGCGUUCGGGCUCAUUAUCUCGACCAUCAGGGAACUGGUCAUGUUCUCGUCUGCCUCCACGUUCUACUGGCACCAUCUACAGAUGUUCCGCAGCCUCGAGCUGAAAAAUGCGCCGCCAAACCUCUCGAAGCAGGAGAGUUUCAACCGCAUGAAAAAUGCCAGUAGAAAAGCAAUGCGAUAUGAACGCGUCUUGAGCACGAUAGCAAUCCUCACCACUUGGACGGCGUUCUGGCUCCUGGGCUCUUUGCUGUUCACCGUGUACGAAGGCUGGGCGUACCAUCUCAGCUGCUACUUUGCAUUCCUGUGCUUUGUCACGAUCGGAUACGGCGUUCCAGCCCCGACCACGAGCGGCGGCCGGUCAUUUUUCUGUGUGUGGGCAAUUGCAGCAAUCCCAGUUAUGACCAUCCUAGUUAUGAACAUUGGAGAUUUCAUUUUCAGCUCGCUCGAGACAAUACAGAACCUUAGUAUGCUGCGCAAAACAAACGUGUCGCACUUGGACGACUCAGACCCCCACGAGGCGAUCCUCCACCACCUGCUGGACCUGAAAAAAGCUUCCAACAUCGACAUUUUCACCACAAAAGAGUACCUUUCUGCCUCCUCAUUCGCUACCGAGCUGGCAAGUUAUAAUGACCCCAGUUAUCAUCAUCCCGAGCACAGCGAACUAGCUGCUCUGCGCAAACAUGCAAACAUCGCCACGCAUGAAUCACUAAAGCCUCGUUUCCGCAAGCAAAACGAUCCGCUGCUCUCCAAAAUGAGCCAGCUACAGCAAAUAAUCAUCGAAUUGCGCAAAUCCACCCUUUUGUCCAACAUAAAGCCCGACUUCAAGUACUCAUUCCAGGACUGGAGCCAGUUCCUCUCUCUGACCGACCUGGACACGGGCUCCGAGUUCUGGCUGAGCGAAAAGUCGCCGUUUGGGUUCCCCAAUGACGAACCUCUCUACUUCACGUACCAUUUUCUCCAUGCCCUGGACCGCAAAUUGCACGAGCUGGCGUUGCAAUAUGACCAAAUGAACUAA